UUUCAGGGAUGGCUUCGGCAGCAGUCUCUCUUGGGGCUAGGCUAAUUGGACAGAACGUGCCGAAGGUGGCUGUGCGCGGAGUCGUGACAUCAGCCCAGAAUGCGAACGCUCAAGUGAAACAAGAGAAGACAUCGUUCGGAAAUUUGAAGGACAGUGAUCGUAUCUUCACCAAUUUGUAUGGUCGCCAUGAUUAUCGAUUGAAAGGAGCCAUGGCUCGUGGAGACUGGCACAAGACGAAGGAAAUCAUUCUAAAAGGAUCUGAUUGGAUUCUCGGAGAACUCAAAACUUCUGGUCUCCGUGGAAGAGGAGGAGCCGGUUUCCCAUCCGGAAUGAAGUGGGGAUUCAUGAACAAACCAUUCGAUGGACGUCCGAAAUAUCUCGUUGUUAACGCUGAUGAAGGAGAGCCAGGAACUUGUAAAGAUCGUGAAAUUAUGCGUCACGACCCACAUAAGCUCAUCGAAGGAUGCUUGAUCGGAGGAGUUGCAAUGGGAGCUCGUGCCGCCUAUAUUUACAUCCGUGGAGAGUUCUACAAUGAAGCUUGUAUUCUUCAAGAGGCCAUCAACGAGGCCUACAAGGCCGGAUAUCUCGGAAAAGACUGCCUCGGAACUGGAUACAACUUUGACGUCUUCGUUCAUCGUGGAGCUGGAGCCUACAUUUGCGGUGAAGAGACUGCUCUUAUUGAAUCGCUCGAAGGAAAGCAAGGAAAACCACGUCUGAAGCCUCCAUUCCCAGCUGACAUUGGACUUUUCGGUUGUCCAACAACUGUGACCAAUGUUGAAACUGUAGCUGUGGCUCCAACAAUUUGUCGUCGUGGUGGUGACUGGUUCGCUUCGUUUGGACGUGAGAGAAAUCGCGGAACCAAGCUUUUCUGCAUCUCCGGUCAAGUCAACAAUCCAUGCACGGUCGAAGAAGAGAUGUCCGUUCCAUUGAAAGAUCUUAUCGAGCGUCAUUGUGGUGGAGUCAUCGGUGGAUGGGAUAACCUUCUUGCCAUCAUUCCAGGAGGAUCUUCUGUCCCACUUAUGCCAAAGAACGUUUGCGACACAGUUCUCAUGGAUUUCGAUGCCCUGGUUGCUGCUCAAUCUGGUCUUGGAACCGCCGCGGUUAUUGUGAUGAACAAGCAAACUGAUAUCGUUAAAUGCAUCGCCCGAUUGUCACUUUUCUAUAAACACGAAUCUUGCGGACAGUGUACUCCAUGCCGUGAGGGAUGCAAUUGGUUGAACAAGAUGAUGUGGCGUUUCGUUGAUGGAAAAGCCAAGCCAUCGGAGAUCGAUAUGAUGUGGGAACUUAGUAAACAGAUCGAGGGACACACUAUUUGUGCUCUUGGAGACGCUGCUGCAUGGCCAGUUCAGGGACUCAUUCGCCACUUCCGACCAGAACUCGAACGCCGAAUGGCCGAGUUCCACAAGCAAGUUUUGGCCGAGCAGGGAGCCAAGCAGAUCAGUCAAUGAAGGCCGUUUUAGUGUUUGUAGCGCUGACUUUUUAAUACCUAUUACUUUUUUUUUCAUUGUAUUUUUCAUUUUUCGGCUCGAUUUCGUCUCCUCCCCAUUUUUUUAGAUGUUCUAUAGUAAAAGAAUGAAUGAAACGAAUAAAAUUUAUAUAUGGUUG